UGGAUCUGAUUUACUGAGCAAAAGAGAUGCUGGACAAGAUGGAUAGAAAACGAGGGGAAAGGCCCAGGCCGUAGCUAUUUUGACUAUCCCAUGUAACGACAUAUUACUUGUCAUGACUGAGACGUCCGUUUGUUUCACCGAUUAUGCGUAAUGCGAAAAGCAGAUGCGAUUCAGCCGUUUGCAAUGAACUUGGAUUUCCAUUCCUCCACAGAAAAGGGGAGGACAUGGCUCAAUACACAAAUUCCCGAAUGCCUUAGAACAUCAUUCAUUUUCGCAUCUUCUCAGUAGGGCAUCGGUAGAACAGCUUUUCAGUGCACAGCGCAUUAUGUCCGUUCAGUACUGCAUUGAUUUGAGAGAGACGCUGGAGGACUCGAGUCAUAGCGCGCGGAGAGCAGACCGCACCGUCGUCUGAUGCUUCACUUCAGACUCCAGUUUUAGCACCAGAGGCUCGGUCCUGGGAUUACUGCUGGAGUACGAAACAAUCUGUAGAAAUAGUCUGAUGGACAAUUACUCAACGCUUCAGUUGCAGUGUCUGGAGAUGACUACCAAGAGGAAGCUCAUCGGCCGCCUGGUGCCCUGUCGAUGCUUCCGGGGGGAGGAGGAGGUCAUCUCAGUGCUGGAUUACUCACACUGUAGCCUGCAGCAGGUCCCUAAGGAGAUCUUCAGCUUCGAGCGUACACUAGAAGAGCUUUACCUGGAUGCCAACCAGAUUGAGGAGCUGCCUAAGCAACUCUUCAACUGUCAAGCACUCAAGAAGCUGAGUAUGCCUGACAAUGACCUCUCCAACCUGCCAACCACCAUCGCCAGCCUUGUAAACCUGAAAGAGUUAGAUAUUAGUAAAAAUGGGAUUCAAGAGUUUCCAGACAACAUAAAAUGUUGUAAAUGUCUAUCAGUUGUGGAGGCCAGUGUAAAUCCUAUAGCCAAACUCCCAGACGGCUUCACCCAGCUCCUCAACUUGACACAGCUCUUCUUAAAUGACGCCUUCCUUGAAUACCUACCUGCCAAUUUUGGGAGAUUGUCCAAAUUACGGAUCCUUGAGCUUCGUGAAAAUCACCUAAAAACUAUGCCAAAGUCAAUUCACAGGCUGUCACAGCUGGAACGGUUAGACUUGGGAAGCAAUGAAUUCUCUGAAAUGCCAGACGUGCUGGAGCAGAUCCAUAGUUUAAAAGAGCUGUGGCUGGACAACAAUUCAUUACAAAUCAUACCAGGGUCUAUUGGUAAAUUGAGGCAGCUGCGAUAUCUAGACUUGGCCAAGAACAGGAUUGAAAGUCUAGAUGCAGAUAUCUCUGGCUGUGAGUCUUUAGAGGACCUGCUCCUCUCCUCCAACAUGCUACAACAGUUGCCUGAUUCAAUAGGAAAGUUGAAAAAGAUGACGACAUUGAAAGUUGAUGACAACCAGCUCACCUCACUGCCUAACACCAUUGGAAGUGCACGUGGCAAAAUCGGUUUAUCACUUUUAGAGGAGUUUGACUGUAGCUGUAAUGAAUUGGAAUCGCUGCCUUCCACCAUUGGCUACCUGCACAAUCUUCGGACAUUUGCAGCUGAUGAGAACUUCUUGGCUGAGCUGCCCAGGGAGAUUGGAAACUGCAGGAAUGUCACAGUCAUGUCCUUGCGCUCCAAUAAACUGGAGUUUCUGCCUGAUGAAAUUGGACAGAUGACAAAGCUACGUGUUCUUAAUCUGAGUGACAAUAGGUUAAAGAAUCUUCCCUUCACUUUCACUAAAUUGAAAGAUCUUGCUGCACUCUGGUUAUCUGACAAUCAGUCCAAGGCCCUUAUCCCCCUGCAAACCGAGGCUCAUCCUGAGACAAAACAGAGAGUUCUUACCAACUACAUGUUUCCUCAGCAGCCCCGACAUGACGAGGAUUACCAAUCUGACACCGACAGCUUUAAUCCCACCCUCUGGGAGGAGCAGAGACAGCAGAGGAUGACUGUGGCAUUUGAGUUUGAGGAUAAGAAGGAGGAGGAAGACAACUCAGGAAAAGUGAAGGUCCCCAAGGUUGAGAUUAAUCUGAAGCGGUAUCCUACCCCUUACCCAGAGGACCUGAAGAACAUGGUGAAGUCAGUGCAGAACCUGGUGGGUAAAUCCACUCAUCCCCUCAACACUGAAAAAUGUACAUCUGGGACCAAUAUGGAGCUACACAGCCAAGACAAGUAUGAGGCCAAGUGGCCCAUUGCUCCAAAGGAGGUCACAGAGCGAGAGGUUAAAGACUUCUCUAAACCACCAAUGUCUGAACAAGGUGCCAUCCUCAACUCAGCCAUUGACAUCCCAAAACGCAAAGACAAUGAGGAUCUGACUGAGAGCUCGGAAAUUUCUUUACAUCGCGUCGUUCCCAAGCCGCAACAGCCAGUGAAUACGAGCUUGGCCGUAACUACUACUUCCUGUUUCUGCCUCAUAGAUUCCAUGGGAGGCUCCCCUAAUGAUAUCCGCAUUUCUGACAUGAGGCCAACUUUGGUAGAGCCCCCUAUGUACAAGCCAAAGGUUGUGUUGCUGGGCAAGGAAAAAAAAGAAUCCACUGAUGAGUCUGAGCCAGAGAAAAUGCAUUGUUUGAACAACAGCGGAUCGUCUGCCACUUAUUCCGACUACUCACCGUCCCAGGGAUCAUCUGGUUCCUCAAACCCUCCAGGAAAUGUCAGUAACCUGCAAACCUCUGGGAAAGAGGGCCCACCACAGACUCACUGGACCAACAGGCUGGCUCAGUCUUUCCCAAAGCCCAUUGAAACCAAGCCACUACUGAGCCAGAGGGAAACACCACCUUCCAGCACGCUGCAGCAGCGAGGUGAGAGGCGACCACUCAGUGAUACCUUCGACAGUUGGAAUGAUGCCCCCCACUACGAUAACACAGGUUUUGUCGCUGAGGAGACACCUCUUGACACCCCAAGCAGCAGUGCUGGCAACCCCAUGCUGGGUUCCAAGCCCCGAAGCGCCUCAACAGCACACGGGCGACGGCCUCUCAUGAGACAAGAGCGCAUCGUGGGAGUUCCCUUAGAGAUUGACCAAACACAACACACUUUCCACACAGUUCGCUCCACCCCUGAAACUGAAGUGCCUCCUUCCUCUAACCCCUGGCAGAACUGGACGAGGACUCCCAGUCCCUUUGAGGACAGGACAGCUUUCCCUUCCAAGUUGGAAAUUACUCCAGCAAACAGUCCCAACCCUGAUCGCAAGGACUUCGAACAGGAGAUAGGAGAAAUGCCUGGUACUUUCCCCUCAACAGGAGCUUGGGGUUUUCUUGACUCUACGGCCUUAGGGAUGGGACGAGGUCAUCCCAACCUUUUUUCACAUGUUCAGGGUGGACCAAACAAAGGUGAACCAAACAAAGGAAGCACUAUGGUUGUUAGCAAGAGUUCUGAGAGACUUUCACCAAUGAUGAAGGAGGUCAAAGCAAAAUUUAGGAAAUCACAGAGCAUAGAUGAAAUUGAUACUGGGUCCUACAAGGUUUACAGCAUCCCCUUGGACUGCUACAGUUCUAGCAUAGAAAAUCAAGGAAGUGUUGAUAGAGCAGACCUCACUGUACCUAUGGAACAGAGCAUGUCACGGAGCCAAUCAGCUCCCAUGCUGGACGAUGAUCUGGAUUGCUAUGGUUUGAAUAAAAGCUCUCAGCAGCAGAAGCCUGCCAUCCCAAAGAAAGUUUACCAUUUCGAUCAUAGCUUUAACCCACAAGGAGCCAUGGAUGUUAUGAAAGCAGAGAGGAGGGUUCCUCCGCCAUUCUCCAACACCCCUGAAUAUGUCAACCAACCUGGCAAGACAUUACCAAAGGAGCUUGUAAGCCCAAGAGGCUACCGGGGCUAUCCACCGAUGGAACAGAUGUAUUCAUUUUCUCAGUCCAUGGUCACUGAUGAUGCUCUGAAUCCACAGCUCUCUGCCCAACCCCAGCGGUCCAGGCCAGGCUUCUUGCGGCGAGCUGAUUCUCUGGUAAGUUCAACAGAGAUGGCAUUAUUCCGCAGAGUAGCUGAGAACCAGGAGCUCCAGAUGGCAGAGCACUACAACAGGCCGCAACAUAUCAAGAGCAUGCUGGAACAACAGAACAGCCUGUCUACCAUUGCUGACACACAGUUCCACAAGAGAAAUGGUAGGUAUGAAGAAGAUUACUCAUCUUAUCAAGAGCCCAAAAAGACUAUCAUGGGUUACCCUACCAAGAGUCUGACGCAACGGCGCCCCCUGUCUGCACGAAGCUACAGUACAGAGACAUAUGGGUCAUCUCAGGCAAGACCAGUCUCUGCCCGGCCCACAAUGGCUGCACUGCUGGAGAAAAUGCCUUCAGAUUACAAUCUUAGUACAUGCACUGAAAAGAGCCCUGACGCUGACAUGAAGCUGAGAUCAGUUCCUCAAAAACAAGAUGACCCAAACUCCAAAAUGCCAGUAGAUUGGAGACAACAACUGCUUAGACACAUAGAAGCAAAGAGGCUAGACCGGAGCGCUGUCCUUAAGCACAACACAGUAAACUUCGGCAUGCUGUACUCUGGAGGCUAUGCUGCACCGCAUGCCAGCAGAAGCAUGACAAUAAACUUUUACAAUAACAAAAAGCAUGAAAACCAAACAACUCAGUGGCUGCCUCUACCAAAUACACCUUCACAACAGAGCAAUAUUUUAGAUAAUGGACAAGAGGUGGUUUCCCCUACUAGCCAGUGGGCCCCGUAUUCACUGGGUCGAAGAGAUGUGCCACCAGAGAACAUGAACAUCAUGAAAAAGCCUGGAGUUCACAAUCACAAUCCCCAUCAACAACAGACUAUGAUGAUGACCUCAGCCAACCCACCCCACCGGAUGGCCCGUGAACAGCAGUAUGAGGGGGCCAUCAACAAGGUAUCUAUUCAGCAGUACCAGUCACCUCUGCCUAUGCCCAUUACCACCACCAGCCCCCGGCCACAGAGUGCCCGCUGCUUUAUCCAGACUAAAGGCCAGAAGAGUAUGGAUGGCUUCCCAGAGCAGCUCUGUGUGAGAAUUGAGAAGAACCCUGGUCUUGGUUUCAGCAUAACAGGGGGAAUCAGUGGACAGGGGAACCCCUUCAAGCCCUCGGACAUGGGUAUCUUUGUUACUAGGGUACAGCCUGAUGGACCUGCUGCCAACGUCCUCCAACCAGGGGACAAAAUUCUGAAGGUCAAUGGACAUAGUUUCUUACACAUGGAGCAUGAAACUGCAGUGUCUCUUCUGAAGAAUUUCCCAAAAACUGUGGACUUGGUAAUCUUAAGGGAGAGCACAAUAUAAAUAUUUUUAUAGCUUAAAGACUUCUCACCCAGAUGAAAUACAGGAACUUGUAAAUCAUCUUUUUAUCUAGGAACA